UCGAUCGAAGCUGCUAGCAUACGAAGGAAGCCUCGAAGCCGAAGCAGGGAUGGCAAAGAUCGAGGAGGAAGAAAGAAAUCAGGAUAGUGCAGACAGUGGCAAAAAAUCGAACGAUUCGACUGUCGAGAGCGUGGUCCAGCCGAAAGGAGCCGACCAAGAUUGCUGGGUCUGCGAGUCUACCACCAAAGAAACGCUUUGGUGGCAGAGUGAACGAGCGGAAUGCUUAUUGGAUUGGUGAUCACCGGGCCGAGUCGAGUCGAGCCGAAGCGAAGCGAAGCGAACGAGGCGUUCGUACUUCGGCGUCGCUCUAUAACUGGCUGAUUUCGCCUGGAGCUUAUUUAUUUCGAAUCCGAAACUCGUCGCGGCAGCCACGUGCUACGAUCGCAGCUGUGAGUCAGUCGAUCGUUUUUUCAUCGAUCGCGGAUCUACAACAAACUAAAGAAAAAUAAGGAAAAUAAAAGGGAACUCGCUUAGAGUAUAAAACGUGGAAUAGAUAAAAAUAAGUACAUGGAGAGUAUAAAUUCCAUUUUUAUAGCGUUGCUAUUCGUCGUUGUCCGUGCAUCGCUAUCGACUUUCCUUUAGGACACUUUGAGGAAAGCUCCGGUUGUUUCGACUCCUCAACCACCCCCGGUGACGUUGUCGAUCGUUCUCCGGUUGCUGUGAUGAUGUGUGACUUGUGACAAGGAUAUUCAUUCUUUCGCUAAAGACUUUUAGAUUCUAUCGUCUGCGCCGACCGAAUAUCUCCGUUCUGGAAAGAAUAAUGGUAUCGUAGUUCUCUUCACUACCUCACGUGGAGACUCGGCGUUGAUUACAAAUUCAGUCACUGGCAAAAAUAGUCAACGGAUCCGAAGAGGAAGACCUUUCCACGUUUCACGAGGCGAUGCGAUAUUUAUUUUCAUCGAUAAAGCUAGCAGAAGCCUAGGAGGGGAAGAGCAACCGAAAAAGAGUCUACUUUGAUCUAGCGGACUCGCACAGUUUAUCUUGGCCUGACGAGAUUCGACGUCUUCGAGAAACGGGAAUUUGUUGUCUUCAGCGCGCCAUCGGAACGAAGAAAGCGUGAAAGAAGUUUCUCGAAGCUCGGUUACCGCCACGACUGGCUGUGUUGAAUUUUCUGUGAGCACCUCGGGAGGGGAUCUGGGUAAAAGAGGAACCCGAUCGGACGCGUGCACCGUUUACAACGUGGGAGUUAUUCGUAACUAUCGCAUAGGUCGCGGUUCGACAGACAUAUUUUUGCAUAAAUUUUGCUACGUAGCAGCUAAACCUCUGAGCAGUCUAGCUAAUUUUAAACGCGGACACUUGAACGAAUUUCUGGAAUUCGGCAGUUCGACUCAACGCUACGGUGGAGCGAAUCCACAAGGGCGCCCGGAUUGGAAACGUAUCGGUCCGAGAAAAAAACAAUUAUUGCGUCGACGAGGAGCCGAAGAAGCGUUUGCUUCGAUUAAAGAGCAUUAACGUCGAGUUAUCGAGCGCACUAUCUCACCUAUCGAACGAUAACGUUGGGACUCUUUGAAUACAUGCCACCGACGUAGUGAACCGAGUGACGAGAUUGCUUUGCAACGCAGUUUGAGGUGUCGAUCGAAAUACCCGCUUAAAGAGGGAGCAAAGGAGCAAGGAAAGGUGCGUCGUUUUUGAAAACAGAAGAAUUUCUGAAAUUCAUAACAACAUCGCCCUAACGUUGAAUAAUCUAGAAGGCUCCGCGUGCCGCGUUAGGACCCCUCGAAUAGGUCCAGGUAAAAAAAAAAAGGGGAGCAGGAUUUAGGGUAAUAGAGGGGAGCUAGGAAUACGAUCAACGUCAGUUUCAAAAGGCGGUAGUUGGACGGAAGACCGAGUCGAGAGAAGAUAGACGGAAACGGAGGAAGUCGAGUACAGAGUUGAAUAGAGAAAGGUCAUGGCAAAGUGCAAGCCUUUGUCAGCUCCUGAGCGACACGCCAGCGUCGUGUUCGACGAAGAAUCGGUGGCCGUUCGAUCGCGAUGGCGAAAUCUUGCCGCCUUUUGGAUACUUGGCCUCUGCAACAAUUAUGGUUACGUGGUGAUGCUCAGCGCUGCCCACGACAUCCUCGAGAGCAAGUUUGGAUCGACGCAACCCGUCAUGGAUUUGAAUGUCACGACUAAUACAACUGGAGUUCGAUCCUGCAACACGCUCUCUACUGGCGCUAUACUGCUGGCGGACAUUCUGCCUUCCCUGGUGGUGAAGGUCAUUACACCCUUCUUGCCGUUUUACGUACAUGCUCGACUGGCUACCUGUGUGUUAUUUUCCGCUGCAGGAUUCCUCGUGGUGUCGUUAAGCACUACCGAAUGGCUCGCCAUUCUGGGCGUCGUUGUAACGUCACUCUCUUCCGGUUUGGGAGAAGUUACGCUGCUGAGUUACAGCCAUCAGUACCCCAAACAAGUAAUCGCGACAUGGUCUUCUGGUACAGGAGGCGCUGGAAUAAUUGGCGCGCUCUCCUAUGCCGCCCUCACGAUUUGGUUCAGCAAUGAAGACACGUUGUUGCUCAUGUUAGUCGUACCGAUCAUACAAGGAAUCACUUUCUGGUUGGUCUUGGUCCAUCCGACUCAACCCACAAUACCGAUCACUAAGAACGGUAUCGAGAGCCAGGAACAAAUCAUCGAGAAUCCAAGGAAGAGCUUCAAAGAGAAGAUCCAUCUGGUCCCGGGCUUGCUGAAGUAUAUGAUUCCUCUGGGGCUCGUGUACCUCUUCGAGUAUUUCAUUAAUCAAGGAUUGUACGAGCUGAUCGAAUUCGACGGCAUUUGGUUAUCGCACGCCGAGCAGUACCGAUGGCUCCAAGUGGAUUAUCAGAUUGGAGUAUUCAUUUCAAGAUCGUCCGUCAAUCUUGUCACGAUUAAUAAAAUCUGGAUCAUGGCUGUUUUGCAGUUUGUUAACGUGAUCGUCUUGUUGUUCGAGACCCUGUACUACUAUAUGCCAAACAUUUGGAUCGUGUUCAUCCUGGUCUUAUGGGAAGGUCUCCUUGGUGGCGGGGCGUACGUCAAUACGUUCUAUCGGAUGUCCACCGAGAUUCCAAGAGCAGAUCGCAAAAUUUCUUUGGGGAUUGCCACGAUGGCCGAUUCCAUCGGGAUCGCGAUCGCAGGAUGGAUGUCGAUGCCCGUUCACAAUGCGAUUUGCAAAAUGCCACAACCGAGUCGACUGGGUAGCUAGGUAACCACUAAUCAUUAGAUAGUAUCUAACGACAAUCGCGCGACCAAGCAAGCAUGGCUUCCGCAGCGUGAUGAAACCGUGCGAUAUUUAACACCGAAUUUUCCUCGAUACGUCUUGGUGGACGCGGUCACGCCGAUAACCGGACAUAAGUUAACAAUCGUUUGUGCAUCCUAAAUAGUUUAGAUGCUGCAAUCACAGCUGUACACGUUAAUCUGCUGGAUGCCACAUUAACUUCUAUAUUUAUGUUAGACGGCAGAGAGAGAGAGAGAGA